AUGUUACAGUUUUCAAUCUCAGUAGGUAAUAAUAUACAAGACACUAAGGAACAAUUUUAUCGAAUUGGUGAAUUUCCUGGUGCAAUAGGAGGUAUAGAUUGUACACAUGUCCCUAUUAAAAGUCCCAGAGGCGACAACGCAGAAAUUUAUAGAAAUCGAAAAGGAUGGAUGUCAUUAAAUGUUCAAAUUGUUUGUGGUCCAAAAAUGCAAAUUUUCGACAUAGUCUGCAGAUGGCCAGGUUCAGUUCAUGAUAGUAGAAUUUAUAAUAAUAGUCGAGUGAAACUUCUAAUUGAAUCAAAUGCUUUAGCUGGCCAUUUAAUUGGAGACAGUGGUUACCCUCAGAGUAAAUUUCUAUACACACCUAAACUCAAUCCAUCAACUGCAGCAGAAAAUAAAUACAAUAAAUCACAUAUAAAAACCAGGAAUGUUAUUGAAAGAGUGAAAGGAGUACCUACUCAAAAGUCGAUUUCGCUGUUUAUGCAGAAAGCUCCGUACAAAACUUCAAACUUCAACUUUGAUCAUCGUUUCAUGUGCUAUACUUCAUAA